UCAGGGGGUUCUGAGGGCAAAGGCGGAGCCAAAAGCUCCCCCGGCGUGGGGGACCAGGAAGGAGACGGGGCAGCACGAAGCAGCUGCACGAAGAAAAUUCGUGGGUUAGACUUGCAGGUGAAUGAGAAGAGGGAAGAGGAGGAGUGGCUCUUGAUGCUGUUAGGAGGAAAUCAGUUGUAAAAUGCUCCUAAUUGAAAGUUUCCUGAAUUUCACUGAUUCCUGUCUCAUCAUCAUUCUGCUUUGUGGUCCAAAUCUUUUGUAACAAGGAAAUCUGGUAUCACAAGAACCUAUUGUUUUUGUAUUUCUCUUGAAAACUUGGGUUGCUUGUCACAUUACUUAUAUGUGAGUCCACCAAAGGCAAUGUUUUCCAGGACACAUAAGAUCCUCUAGUAAAGAUGAAAGAGGAGAAGAUACCUCAGGAAAAUCUUACAGUUCUACAAAGUGAAGUAUGCUUACAAAGUAAAGUCUACGACCUUCGAGGCCAGCCAAAGGAAGAGAAUGGAAAUGAAGAAAAACAUUUACACGGUGCAGACUGGCGACAACAAUCCUUAAUCCACUUUUCUUCACCUUAUUCAUCAGAGCCAUCAAACCAUAGCAUAACUCUCAAAAAGUAUGUGUCCAGCUCUCUAAAUACAGGAUUAACUUCUUCUUCAGUUGCACCCAAAUCUUCAUCAUCUUCGACAAAUUUUAACAGAAUUGACAACACAAGUAGUAGCAGCCCCUCUGUCUCUGUGCUCCAGAAGCCACGUUUUGCAGUCCUUACACCUCCACCCACUGUGUUAGGAGAUGGGGAGGACUACUUUCACUCUUUGUUCUUCAACUCAAAGAGACGUCUUACACAUCCUGAAUUCCCUGAUAGAACUAAAACUUUGUUUCCAGAUGAUCUGGCUGACAUAUCUAACUCUAGUGCUCUUGGAGACAUUAAAAUAGUUGAAGUGAGUGGCAAUGGUUUGUUCGUGAAGAUAAUUAACUCUUCUCCUGACAAAGAACUGAUGAUUGGAGAUCAUAUUCUCCAACAAAAUGUGAAUGGCCAUGCUGUCUCUUUGUAUAAAUUCCACCCAAAUAUUAGAAUGCCAGCCAAUGCUGCAGUAACUGUUUGGGCAGCAUCAUCUGAGGUAAAGCAUCAGCCACCAUCAGAUUUUCUUUGGAAGGAACAAGACAAGUUUAGAACAAGUCUCAACUGUAUUACCAUCCUGUGUAAACCCAAUGGUGAAGCAAUUGCUUGGUAUACUCCUAUCCAUUGGAAACGAGCUUGGGAGGGAUUUGACACUGACAAAAAAUAUACCAGAAGCCCACUGGCAAUUUCGUCACCUGGAGUACAGAUGAAUCGGGCACCAUCUACAGUAAUCAAAAUAAAACAAGAUCAACAAACCACAACAAAACUGGAGGAGCAAGUUCAUGUUUUUCUUAAGAGAGAAAAAGAAAUCCCACCAACUCUUUUCCCCAAUCGCAACCCAUGGGGCCUCAGUUGCAAUUGUCCUGUACAUCCCAACUAUUCAUUGUUCAGACCGAUUACUGUGGGCAAUGAUGGGAUCACGUUGUGCAGACAGUCAAGGUUACAAUCAGCUAGACCUGACCCAAUACCAGCCCCCUACUCUUUGUCUGUUGGAACCCGAAGAAACAAAACUACAAAUGCGAGCCACCUGAAUCACAAAAGCAGCAGGAAAUCAGCUUCAUCUCCAGAGGAUGGACGAAAGGUGAAGAGACCAAUAAGGAAGCGAUUUAAAUUAUCUGUAUGAGGAAUACAAGGACCUAAACCAAGCAUGAUCUCCAGCAUCCCCUGAGAAGAGGAGUGGUGCCUUUCACUUAAUGAUGAAAAUUCUGAUGGUAUCCUACAUAUCCCAGUGAUUCUGAACCCCUGUAGGUCAUCAUCCAAAUCCCAUUCCCCAUCCCCUACUCCCCAAAUCCUUAUUUCCAUCUCCUCCAAACCCCCCACUCCAAAAUUCCAAUGGAAUACCACCUUCCCCUUCCACUGUGCCCUCUAGAAUACCUGUUGUGUAGUUAACAAACUUCCCUUCAUCCAAAAAUCUUUCCUCUCUCAGUCCUUCCAUCUUCUACAUAUUGUUGAAACCUGGCUUACCUCUGAUGACAUAGCCUCCGUAGCCACCCUUUUCAAUACUAGCUGUACCUUCACACAUUCCCCUCAGCUCACAGGUUUAGAUGGGGGAAUUGGAGUAUUUAUUCCUCAUUGCCACUUCUAGGUUCUCUCCUUACCUCCAUCGCUUAGUAAUCUCUCCUUCUUUGAGUUUCAUGCAAUGCAUAUCUACUACCCAAUCAAAAUCCUGGUAGCUGUUGUCUACAGCUAUCCAGGCUACUCACCUUCCUUCCUUAAUAAGUUUGAUGCCUGGCUCACAAUUUUUCUCUCCUCAACUCCUGCCCUCAUACUUGGGAUCUUCAGCAUAUGUAUUGACUCUCCCUUUAACACCCUAACCACUCAGUUCUUCAGCCUAUUCACUUUCCAUGACCUACUCCUCCAUCUCACCUCAGCCACAUAUAAAGAUGCCCUUGAUCUUGCCAACACCUGAGUGUACCACCACCACUACCCCCCGCUUAAAAUUUUAAAAUCCCCUUAUCUGAAAUAAUCUGUUGGCUUUUCAACUCUCCCACAGCCUUCUCUUAGCAUAUCCUGCUCCUUGUUCAAACCCUGACCUUCAAUCCCUCAACCCUUCAGUUCUCUGCUAAGCCAUCAUGCCUGCACUAGCUACUCCCUCUUUUUCCUAUCUUGGCCCCUUGGUAUACCAGUUCAAUUCUAUGCUGUCCUCUUCUCCUGAGUUCUCAGCCUCUUAUCAUAUUACUAACCAGGCCCUGCCAAACUUUAGCCUUGGACCACUCCCACCAUUUACCACCUUUAUUCCUACACAUGUGCUAUUGGACAAAGGUGGAGAAAAUCACAUGAUCGUUCCGAUUGGGCCCACUACAAAUUUAUGAUACAGAACCUCAACUGAACCCUCACUGCUGAUAGGCAGUCCUUCUAAUCUUGCCUUAUCAAAUCAUUAUCUCACUCUCCUCAGCAACUCUUCCAAACAUUUUCACCCCUCCUCAAAUGUUCCAUGGUUCCCUCUCCCAAUAUCCUCAGUUGAGAACUUUGCCUCAUAUUUUACAGGAAAAAUUUAAGGCCAUUCACUGUGAGCUCCCUCUUCUGCCCUUUUCUU